AUGCAGAAAAAUAUCAAUUGCGGGCGAAAAAUGUUUACAAAAUGCAUUAGUUGCUGUGGCUUUACGAUAAUCUAUGUUUUUUUCGCCUGCCUUUUAAUAGAGAACUGCGUUGCCUUGCAAAGGACGCUGCGCCACUACGAGUUGUUUCACAAGGACGAUGUUUUGCAUAGGGUGGUCAAGAGAGGUAUUAUUAAACAUAGCAAAAAUCCAUUCAACACCAUCAAGGAGGUGGAAUUCACGACACUGGGCAAAAACUUUCGACUGAUUUUGCAUCCGCAUCGCGAGGUCCUCCACAGCAAAUUUCGCGCCUAUGCCGUGGAUGCUGAUGGCAACGAGACGGUGGUGCAUAUGGAUCAUGAUAGCUUUUACACGGGCCGCGUGUUUGGUGAGCUAGAGUCUUCGGUGCGGGCCCACAUCGAGGACGGCACUAUGACCAUGUCCAUACACUUGCCGGACGAAACGUAUCACAUUGAGCCUUCGUGGCGCCACUUGCCUGCAGCCAAAAAAGACACCAUGGUGGCAUACAAAUCGUCCGAUGUGAAGCUGCAUAAAAACGAGCAUGGCGCCACCCCAAAGACUUGUGGAUACAUCAAGGAGGGUCUGGAGCUGGAGAGCAAGGACAAAGACGACGACGCUCUGGACAAUGAGAUACACUCGCGCGAGAAGCGCCAGUCGGAUCAGUACGAGUACACGCCCACCAAGACCCGCUGUCCGCUGCUGCUAGUGGCCGACUAUCGGUUCUUCCAGGAGAUGGGCGGAGGCAACACAAAGACGACCAUUAACUACUUGAUCAGUCUUAUAGACCGAGUGCACAAAAUCUAUAACGACACGGUGUGGCAGGACCGCUCCGAUCAGGAGGGAUUCAAGGGCAUGGGCUUUGUGAUCAAGAAGAUUGUGGUGCACUCGGAGCCCACGCGCCUGCGGGGUGGCGAGGCCCACUACAACAUGAUCCGGGAGAAAUGGGAUGUGCGCAAUCUGCUGGAGGUCUUCUCCCGGGAGUACAGCCACAAAGACUUUUGCUUAGCUCAUCUCUUUACCGAUCUGAAAUUCGAAGGCGGCAUUUUAGGUUUGGCUUACGUUGGCUCCCCGCGUCGCAACUCCGUUGGCGGCAUUUGCACUCCAGAAUAUUUCAAGAAUGGAUACACGCUGUAUUUAAACUCGGGCCUGAGCAGCUCGCGCAACCACUACGGCCAGCGGGUGAUCACACGGGAGGCCGAUCUGGUCACGGCCCAUGAGUUUGGACACAACUGGGGCUCCGAGCAUGACCCUGACAUACCGGAGUGCUCCCCCAGCGCCUCGCAGGGCGGCAGCUUUCUGAUGUACACCUACUCAGUCAGCGGCUACGACGUGAACAACAAGAAAUUCUCGCCCUGCUCGCUUCGAUCCAUACGAAAAGUGUUGCAGGCCAAGUCUGGUCGCUGCUUCUCAGAGCCGGAGGAGUCGUUCUGCGGAAAUUUGCGCGUGGAGGGGGACGAGCAGUGCGAUGCCGGGCUGCUGGGCACCGAGGACAAUGACUCGUGCUGCGACAAGAACUGCAAACUGCGUCGCAACCAGGGCGCCAUGUGCAGCGACAAGAACUCGCCCUGCUGCCAGAACUGCCAGUUCAUGGCCUCUGGCAUGAAGUGCCGGGAGGCGCAGUACGCCACCUGCGAGCAGGAGGCGCGGUGCACGGGCGCCCAUGCCGAGUGCCCCAAGUCGCCGGCCAUGGCGGAUGGGACCAUCUGCCAGGAGCGGGGACAGUGCCGCAACGGCAAGUGCGUGCCCUAUUGCGAGACGCAGGGCUUGCAGAGCUGUAUGUGUGAUAUCAUUGUGGAUGCCUGCAAGCGCUGCUGCCGCAUGAGCAUCAAUGAGACAUGCUUCCCGGUGGAGCCGCCGGAUGUCCUGCCCGAUGGCACGCCCUGCAUAACUGGAUUUUGCAAUAAGGGCGUGUGCGAGAAGACCAUACAGGAUGUGGUCGAGCGCUUUUGGGACAUCAUUGAGGAGAUCAAUGUUGCCAAAACCCUGCGAUUUCUCAAGGACAACAUUGUCAUGGCCGUUGUUCUGGUCACCUCAGUCUUUUGGAUACCCAUCAGCUGUGUCAUUUCAUACUUCGAUCGGAAGAAGCUGCGCCACGAAAUGAAGCUCAUCGAGUGGAGCCAGAAACUGGACCUCAUACAUCCCAGCGAUGAGAGGCGUCGUGUCAUACAUAUACGCGUGCCACGCCAGAAGAUCUCUGUGGCGCGAGCCUGUAACUAGCACAAAUCCCGGUGGCGGCCAUUUUUUUAUCUUCCGUGAGCAUUCUUCUCAAAACUGCCACAAUUCUUUUGUAUUAAGCGACAUAUUUGAACAUAACAUAAAACAAUGAAUAAAAUUCCAUAUACUAUAGACCAACCACACACACACAUUCGC